UACCAUUGAGCAAGAAAAAAAGAAGUCCACUGGAAGUGGAUCAAAAGAAACUGGAAGAGGGCAAAAACGGACAGCCGACGAUGCCAUAUCAGCAAUUGACCGCCUUGCAGAUGCAUCACUUAGCAUUGCUAAAGCGAAGAAAACAGUAGCACAACAAAAUGAAGCUUACUCGGUUAAAUCAUGUAUGGCAAUAUUAAAUAGUAUGAGUAAUCUAGAUCCCAAAGAGAAACUAAAAGCGGUCAAGGCAUUUACAGAUGGUGAUAAACGGGCCAUAUUCAUUGAGAUGGAUGAUGAGACGCGGAAGCUUUGGAUUCUUGAUCCUUAGAAUUUUUGUUAUACACCAUUGACCAUAGUAUUUUAUUUCAGUCGUUGUCGUAGAUUCAGAAAACAAUUUCCAUUAUGUUUUAUCAGCUUGUGUGAAAUAAUGAACAUUCUUUUUCAAUUUUAUAUUGUUCAUUUGAUGGUUCAGCACUGAUAUAUUUAACAAAUAUCCUGAGAUGAUAUCAAUAGUGUAUAUUGUGCAGGUAACUAUGAACAGCUUGGAUGUGCCAGAUGAUGAACUUUCUGACUCUGAGCAAGUGCUUAUUAACAACAUUUCUGCAGUGUCCUUGUUUCGUGAUGUGUUGUUUACAAGGUUAUUCAAAACAACUCAUAACACCUCUAUAUUAACUGGUGCUCAGAAAACAAUAGAGCUGUUAGAGGGACAUCCAGUUAGAUUUUAUGAACUAAUUCGUCUUGAGAAGCACACAUUCUUCUUGUUGCAGGAUGCUUUGUGCGAGAGAAAGUUACUUAAGGAUACAAAUCGAAUGACAGUGGAUGAACAACUACUCAUGUUUUUAUAUACAAUUGGUCACAAUGUUAGAAACCGUGUCAUGCAAGAUAGAUAUCAGCAUUCUGGCGAACCAAUCAGCCGACACUUCAACAAAGUUUUAGACGCCAUAAAUGGUUUGCGUGAUGUUUGCAUAACAGAUCCAAGCAAUCAAGUCCCAUCCAAAAUAUUGGGUGAUGCAAGGUUCUACCCAUAUUUCAAGAACUGCCUAGGAGCAAUUGACGGGACCCACAUUGAGGCGAAAAUCAGGCUUGAUAAGCAAACUCCUUACAGAAAUAGGCAUGGUUAUCCGUCUCAAAAUGUAAUGGCAGCAGUGUCAUUUGACAUGACAUUCUCUUAUGUCGCUGCUGGAUGGGAGGGUUCUGCAUCGGAUCAAGCUGUUCUAAGAUGGGUUGUUACUAGUGGGGGUUUGGUUGUUCCUGAAGGUAAAAUUAUAAAUAUAUUAAUUAUUUGUGUAUCUAUAAUAUAAAUAAAAAUUCUGACUGUGCUAUGAAACCUCAUGUGCAGGCAAAUUUUAUCUUGUUGAUUCAGGCUAUGCAAAUACUCCAAAAUUUA